AUGUUCUGCGCGAAGCUGAAAGAGCUGAAGAUAUCUGGAGAAUGCCCAUUCUCCAGCGGCGCCAACAAUAAUGAGCUCGGAGACUUUGAGGAGCGCUCAACUGACGCAGCGGAUUUAUUGCCUAUUUCUAAGGACGUGCACGGAAAGAUAGGUGAGGAUCUACCUCAACAGAAGACAAGCAGAGCCAAAGUUAACCUGCAUACACUUGGGGAGAGCAUACGAAAAUUGGUAUGUCCCGAGUUUCAAAGGCUGCACACGGCCCUCCAACGAAUGAUGAAACUAUCAGAUCAAACCAGGGACUCUGAAAGGUACUGCUUCCUUUCAUCUGUCCGACCAGAAAUCCAGAUGGAGGCUUUGAAAGUUGCUCUUGGCGAGGAGCUCUUCAACAUGUGUUAUGAGGAGGACGGACACAUUUUGAGGGUGGUGGGGGGAGCUCUCCACGACUUCCUCAACAGCUUCAAUGUCUUGUUGAAACAGAGCAGCACGCCGCCCAACCCGGACAGAGAGGAUUGUGUAAACCAAUCUUCGGUACUGUGCUUAGACAAGGAUGCAGGUCUGCUUACUGUCUAUUUCUUCAACCCCGACCCGACCACUGAGCUCUUCUUCCCUGGAGUCAUCAAAGCUGCUGCCCGCCUGCUGUAUCACUCCACUGUGGAUGUGUUGAUGGACCCCAGUGGGGCUAAAGACAGCAUCUUGCAGUCCAGCACGGAGUCUAGUCUUCUGUACACAGUUGUGGUAAAGGAUGCUAAACAUCUGAGCCCCAGUCCGCUGCGGGCUACCUCAGCUGGAACCCUUCCUACCUCUCUGUUCUCCACCAUCUUCCCUUUCCAUCUGAUCUUGGACCAGGACUUGGUUCUGGUACAAAUAGGACACGGGCUCAGGAAGAGGCUGCUCAGGAAGGACGGACUGAGGCGGUCCUCUACCUUCCAAGAACAAUUUUCUAUUGUCUCUCCCCAGAUCAAAUGUAGCUUUCAAGGUAUUCUGACCAUGCUAAACACACAGUUUAUCAUUCGGAUCAAUCAUGGAGUCUCCAUCGCAGAUAACACAGGGAAGCUCAUGGACCUCAAGGGUCAGAUGAUCUAUGUUUCAGAGUCCAACGUCAUCUUGUUCUUAGGCUCACCGUGUGUGGACAAGCUGGAGGAGCUAACAGGCCGCGGCCUCUACCUGUCAGACAUCCCUAUUCAUAACGCACUGCGUGAUGUAGUGCUGGUGGGUGAACAGGCCAAAGCCCAGGAUGGUUUGAAGAAGCGUCUGGGGAAGGCCAAGGCAGCCUUGGAGCACGCUCACCAGGCACUGGAGGAGGAGAAGAAGAAGACAGUUGACCUCCUCUUCUCCAUCUUCCCCGGAACGGUGGCACAGCAGCUGUGGCAGGGCCAAACGGUGCGGGCCAAGAAGUUUGACCGAGUCACAAUGCUCUUCUCUGACAUUGUAGGCUUCACUGCUGUUUGCUCGCGCUGUACCCCGAUGCAAGUGAUAACCAUGCUCAGUGAGUUGUACACCCGGUUUGACCACGAGUGUGGAGAGCUUGAUGUUUAUAAGGUGGAGACAAUUGGUGAUGCCUACUGUGUAGCUGGUGGCCUACACAAGGAGAGCGGGACUCAUGCUGUCCAAAUUGCACUCAUGGCCUUAAAGAUGAUGGAGCUUUCAAAUGAAGUUAUGACGCCAACUGGAGAACCAAUACAGAUGCGUAUUGGCCUCCACACUGGUUCUGUACUGGCUGGUGUGGUUGGGGUGAGGAUGCCUCGUUACUGCCUUUUCGGGAACAAUGUCACAAUGGCCAACAAGUUUGAAUCCUGCAGCCUGCCGAGUAAAAUCCACAUCAGCCCGACAACCCACAGGUGA